UUGGUAAAUGUUCGAUACACACUCAAACAAACCAUUCUAAGUGCCUUUCCGCUCACUCUAAUAUGGCGCCUGCGCCCCUUCUCACGCUCAUCUUCUUUCUCUAUCUUCCUCUUCUUUCGCUUCAUCAUGCAUUUGCACAAUCGAACACGAACAUCACGCGAGGGACCACCCUUUCCUCUUCCUCUGCAAAUAACUCAUAUCGGACCUCUCCUUCCGGUGAUUUUGCAUUUGGGUUUUAUUCGAUAGAAGGCAACCAAUUCCUCGUUGGAAUUUGGUUCCAUAAGAUAUCAGAGAGAACCCUGGUUUGGUCAGCAAAUAGAGAUCAACCUGUGCAAUCUGGCUCCACCAUUCAGUUGACACUUGAUGGGAGGCUAGGCUUCACAGAUUCAAAGGGCCUGGAAACUUGGAUAUACAAUCAAACGACUGGUGUGAGCUCAGGAGCCGUGCUUGAUACUGGUAAUUUCAUAUUGGUAGACUCUGUAUCCUCUAUUUUAUGGCAAAGUUUUGAGAACCCCACUGAUACUUUAUUACCAGGCCAAACCUUUGGCCAAGAAAAAUACUUGUAUUCCAAUCGAUUGGAGGGAGAUUAUAGAACUGGUAGAUUCAUGUUAGUCAUGCAAAAUGAUGGAAAUCUUGUGCUCUACCCGAAAGAUCGGAAGUUUAUAAGUCCUAAUCCUGCAUAUUAUGAGACCAAAACAGAUGGAGCAUCAUCACCAGUUCGUUUGGUGUUCGAUCGCUCUGGUGUUCUUUAUCUCACAAACUCAAACGAUCAGGUAAUCGCCAAUGUUUCUUCAAAUGCACUGAACUCUGAGGAUUUUUAUCUAAGGGCCACAAUUGAUAGUGAUGGUUUUUUCCGGCGAUACUCU